AUGGAGUCCAUAGGAAUUAUAGGCGAUUACUUUCGUAGGAUCUUAAACUACAAAUAUCACUAUUACAUCGAUCAUGCUCCCUCCAAAGUUCACAUGAUGCACAUCGAAGAACGCCAUGGCGAUAAAGUUGUGGGUCAAUAUGGUCUACUGGAACCCAAUGGCAUGGUACGCAGUGUCCACUAUCAAGUGGUGGGCGAUAAUGGUUUCGAAAGUGUUGUGCAGACCCGAACUCCCCACAGUUCAUCCCAUAUACGACUGAUGAGUCAGAAACAACCAUUGCGACCGAUUGUCCAAAAUGAACCGAUUUUCUCGUUGUUUUGAUUGGAAUUCACAUUAAAGGGUAAUAAAAUUACAUGUCACUUCAGCCUGUUUUUGUGGUCAUUUUUAU